CUUAGAUCCGAUAUAAACCGUUGGAUCUCAUCUAACAUCCCAUAUGAAUUCAUCUAUAAAAAAAAUAAAUUUGCACUUGUUUUACACCGUAGAUUACGAUCGUUUAUUUUCUCUCUAAAAAGUGGAGCAAAGAAUCCUUACAUCAAACAGAUGGCAACCAUGGAGAAGGGGAUAGAGUUUGAGAACAAGAAUUUAGGCCUGAAGCACCUAAACUUCGUCAGGGUGGCUACGAUCCACGCAUUGGUUUGCGUCUCGAACCUUUACGAUUACUCUAAACAGAACUUGGGGCCGUUGAGAUCCACCGUCGACGCCGUCGAGCGUGUCGUUACCACCGCCGUCGGUCCUGUCUACGGGAAAUUUAAGGAUGUUCCUGAUCAUUUUCUUGGAUUCCUUGAUAACAAGGUAGAUGAGGUUUCACACAAAUUUGAUGAGCAUGCUCCAGCACGAGCCAAGCAAGUGGUUAACCAAGCCCACGAUUUGGUCCAAAAGGCAACCCAAAAGGCUCAGAAACUAGUAGAGGAGGCUCGAACCAAUGGAGCACGAGGGGCUUUGCACUACGCUGCAGCUGAGUACAAGAACUUGGUGCUGGUAAGCUCGACCAAGUUGUGGGUUAAACUGAACCGCAACUCGACUUUCAACUCAAUGACAGAAAAGGUUGUUCCCAAAGCAGCUAAUUUGUGUGAGAAAUACAACAGUUGGUUAAAGGAGAAGAGUGGAAAAGGUUAUCCUGUGGUUGGGUAUCUACCAUCGAUUCCUGUUGAUGCCUUUGGGAAGGCUGUUAAGGAAGCUGAAGGCAAAGAGAAAGCAAAUGCGGAUGAUCAUAAAUCUGAAUCAGAUUCAGAUUAGGUGUUUGGUUUCUGAGUGUGUUAGCAGAGAGGCAAUGUGAUGCUUUGCCAUUGUAAAUUGGCUACAUGUUGAAUCUAAUAUGACUUGAUUCGUUUAGAUGGCUGAUAUGGUUGCUCUCUGAGUUUGUGGCUGAUUUUAUGAUAUGCCCUUUUCAGCUUUAAA